AUGUUUAUACUGUACCUCAGUUUGACGUUUCAGAAGCACCAGAGUUACUUCAUGACAUCUACUGCAACAGCAGCUGGCACAAAAAAGUUGAUCAAAACGAGCGCACAAAAUGGUACCACAAAUCGGCCCGAUAUAUGGUUGCAUGACAGUUGCGUGCGUGUCCGCGUCUAUGAUUUCUUCUCGAAAGAAUCGGGUUCACUGGGACCGACACAAAUACGCUUGGAAUGCCUUCAUGAAUUGAUAAUGCCAUUUUCAAGCUCACCAUGGUGGGCCUGUAGCAUUUGCUAUGUUGCUGGCGCCAAUUUGGAUCGAAUCGACGAGCAUGUGCACUCGUUCGGACACAAAAGAAUUUAUAUUGAUGAAUUUCAUCCGGAUAAAUUGGAUCUCAGCAAUAUGGACAAAAUAACAAGUAUGGAGAAGUACCAUUCAGUUGGAUCGAAAAUAUUCGAAGAGCAGGGCAAAUAUGAAACACCGGAAGUAUUGAAACUGGAAGGUGUAAACAAAAAUUGGGUUUUGCAAAAACUUGGACUCGAGCCAAAUGAUGAGGCACCGAAUUAUACAGUUGGAAAAGUUUUUGGUGGACACGAAGCGCUGCACUGUAAUGUGUGCCAUACGAUUUUGAUAAGUAUCGAAGAAACAAGACAACGAUGCUGGAAUACCCAUCUGAGCACCAAAGAUCAUCAGCGAAUGCAAAUGAUCGCCUCCGCAAUCACUGACUGUAUGCUCUUUUUUCAAAAAGAGGAAUUAUUUUUAAAUUUUGUUUGGGGUAUAAUCAGCAGACAGUGGAGCAACAACAAGUGA